GAUCAAAAUCAGGAACUGCCAGCACAGAGAGAACAGUCAGUCAGGGGUAAUAAAGUGCAGACGUUGAGAGGCAUUUAUCACCAUUUCACUUUCCUUUUUCUAUUUGUAGAGUAACAGAAGAAAAAAAUAACUAAAGGGUUAAUUUGCUAUUCCAACUUUUGUUCCUUAUGUAAAAGAGAAAAUUUAGUUAGAGCUGUAUGCCUGAGAAGAUUUUACAUUACAGAAUGGAUGGUUGUGUCAUUUCCUCAUCAUCAGACGAAAUUGUUGCAUAUGAUCAAGUUUUCCGGCCACAGUAUGAUUUUUUUCCAUAUAUAACCAGUGAUCCAGAUGGUCAUAUCGAGACUGGAUGGGAUUAUCACACUGAUCACACUCACCAGAGUGAUCUGGAGGUCCCUUCGAGUGGUCACUUCACUGAACUACACCCUGCAGCCUACUACUAUGGGGAUAUGGAGUCUUACCACCCUCCUCUGGAUUCAAGCCUGGGGACUUUUGUGCCUGUGGUCACACCUCAGUUUGCAUAUGUCCCUCACCCAGUGUACCAGCGCUCUCCUCCCGCCCACUGCAGCACAGACGACGAGGACACAGGAGCACGCAGUCCACCAUUUGAGGUGUCUGAGGGAGAAGAGGAUCAUGAGUCACACCUUGCUAGCACGUCCACUAGCAUAACAGGCAACAAAAGAAAAAUGCGUCUUUAUCAGUUCCUUCUGGAGCUGCUCAGAGAGGGGGAUAUGAAAGACUGCAUUUGGUGGGUGGACAGAGAGAGAGGCACCUUUCAGUUCUCUUCCAAACACAAGGAGGUGCUGGCCGGCCGCUGGGGCCUGCAGAAGGGCAACCGCAAGAGAAUGACCUAUCAGAAGAUGGCUAGAGCCCUGCGCAACUACGGCAAGACAGGAGAGGUCAAAAAAAUCAAAAAGAAACUGACAUACCAGUUCAGUACCGAGGUGCUGAGGAGGAUGUCAGUAGAGAAAAAAUAUCACUGAGAGCUGAUUCCUAUUGCUCCUAGCUGCAAGAUGACCACAGAGGCAGGUCUUCUUUCUCUCUACAUUUUCUCAGGGACUCCACAUUCUACAAUAUAUCUGGGAUAUUUUUAUCCAUAGGGUGUGUUUUAGUAUUUUUUCUUCCUUCUUCACUCAACUAUGGAAACUAAAAUAUUUUUUGAUUGAAAAUGAUUGACAGUAUGACAAGUUCCAUAUAUCCGAGAGGACUAAAGACAGGUUUCUUUGUGGAUUGGUAGUGAAAUGGGAAAUCUACUGUUAACAGCAGUUAAAUACCUCUACUGUAUGUGGAUCAGGGAACUUGGUGUGUACUGUCCCCUAUAGGUUUAAUACUGCAUUUAGACUGCACAAACAAAAUCCAGUUUUUCACUGAUCAGUAGUGCUUUAACAGUAAGCAGACAGAACCUGUUACAUAUAUACACAUUUUAUUUAUACUAUAAUGACAUAUACAUUCCAAAUUGAAUGGCCUUUGUGGUGGCUUGCUGACAUUAUAUUAUUAUAUUAUUUCAAUAAAAGUGCACAUGUAAUGUGUAGAAAAGUUUCA